CAUCCGCCAAUCUCGCACAAAAACACCACUCGUGCACGCAGCGUCUUGUACAAGCCCGCAUCGGUCGCAAACUACUCCUGCAACAUCAUCCAUCGCAUUUGCGCGCGAAACGCGCGCGUUUUGCGCAGCCCAGUCUGACUGCUGGCACAUUGCACGCUGCCUACGCGUCGACUCAUUGUCGAUCGGUCGCGGUAAGCACUGCAAGGCAAUGCGCAUCACUCACGCAGCCGACGAGGGACGCCCGCGACUCUUGCGCAACGCGAGAACCGCACCACUCACGCCGCCACCCGUCCGCAGGCAACAAUGCAGCUCAAAGCCCUUACCUCCGCCGCCCUCCUCGCCGGCGCUCAGGCCUUCGUGGCGCCCGGCGCCAGCAAGCCGGCGCUCGCCCUCCGCGCCGAGGAGGUCGAGGCCGCGCCCGUCGAGGUCGCCCCGGUCGCCGAGGCCGCCCCGGAAGCCGAGGUGGUCGCGCCCGUCGCCGAGGUCGCCGCCGUCGCUCCGGAGCCGGUCCUCACGACGCCGUCGGUGCGCUCGACGCGAGCGCCGCCGCGCGCCUGGGACAUCGCGCUCGACAUGCCCGCCGGCAUCAGCGCGCCGUUUGGCUACUUCGACCCCGCCGGUUUAGGGAAGAAGGUCACGGAGAAGCGCGCCAAGUACUUCCGCGAGUGCGAGCUCAAGCACGGCCGCGUGGCCAUGCUCGCCGCCUUCGGCUUCCCCAUCGCGGAGCACUUCCACCCGCUCUUCGGCGGCAACAUCGACGUGCCGUCCUGUGUGGAAAUCAACCAGUGCGUCGGGUGCACGACAAGUCUUCACUAAGUCAUUUCCCGGCGAUGACGCGACCGUCCUGGCUCGGUCGAGCGGUGAGGAACCGGCAUCGCCACGCCAUCGAGCAGGCGUCGCGUCGAUGGCGUGGAGGACGACGCGAUGAUUCAGCGCGAACGCGCCGUAAAAUUUUGAUUUCCACACAGGUGCCGUCCUACGUCGCCUACCAGCAGACGCCGCUCCAGACCUUCUGGCCCGUCGUGCUCCUCUACGUGGGCAUUGUCGAGAUAUUCUCGGUGUUCACCUUCGAGAAUCCCUUCGGCAAGGGCGGCUUCUGGACGCUCAAGGACGACCGCGUGCGAAGACCGCGUCCGAAACGCCGCGCCGCGACGAGAAACGACGUGGUGCGACUCGUCGACUGGCUCCACGACCUCGGUCUCACGCGUGUGUCCGUUCGCAGGUGCCCGGCGACUUCGGCUGGGACCCCAUGGACAUGUACCCCACGGACCCCGCCGGCCGCGUCGAGAUGCAGACGAAGGAACUCAAUAAUGGCAGAGUAGCGAUGAUCGCGGUCGCCGGCAUGGUCGCCCAGGAGCUCGUCACGGGCGCCAAGCUCUUCUAGGCCCCCGCACGUGUUCAAACCAUUUGUCGCGCGCGGGGUCGCGCGCCUGUCACCGUUUAAUAUCUCUCGUAUCUCA